CAAAAAACAAGCGAACCUCUUGUUCUUCCUCUUCGUCUUCGUCUUGGUUUUUGUUCCUGGUUUUCUUCUUCUUCUUCUUUUUCUUCUUCUUCUUUUCGUCAUUCCGAUGUUUAUGGUUUCUAGUUGACGCCUAACACCAACAACCGCACCCGCAUGGCCACCAACAAACACCGAGUUACCACGCCAUUAGCUGGUAAUAGAGUAGAAUUCAUUAUGGUUGGAACUAUUCGUGUAUCGCUUAACCUCAAGAAUUUUUCACUUCCUUUUUCAACUAAACGCAAUUCAGAUACUGCAAAACCAAAACCUGCUUCCAGCUUCCGUGUUAAUCAAUUUGAUAUCUUCUUCAAUGGAAAACGAUAUGCGCCGCAAGAAAAGAACAAGGAAAUCUGCAUUGAAGGGGAAAAAGAGAGGAUGAUACUGCGGCCUGGCAUGGUUCUAUUGAAGAAGUUCUUAACACAUGAUGAACAGGGGUGGCUGAAUGCACAAGGGCGAGAUUCGAACUCCAACAGUUACUUAAGCAGACGAGUGGAAAUAGUGAAAAUCUGCCGUGAGCUUGGUCUUGGUCCUGGAGGAUUCUAUCGGCCGAGUUAUGAGAAUGGAGCUAAACUUCGAUUGCAUAUGAUGUGCCUUGGUCUAGACUGGGAUCCUCAAACCGGAAAGUACGGAAAUAAGAGGCUAGUUGAUGGUAGUAAUCCACCCAGUAUUCCUGAGAGAUUCAGAAAGUUGGUUGUAAAAGCAAUACAAGAAGCACAAUAUCUAAUAAGAAAGGAAUGCAGAGUAAGCUAUGCUGAGAGGAUACUCCCUUCAAUGUCUCCUGAUAUAUGCAUUGUCAACUUUUAUAAUAACUAUGGAAGGCUUGGUCUUCAUAAGGAUCGCGACGAAACGCCAGAGAGUAUCCAAAAGGGGUUGCCUGUUGUGUCCUUCUCCAUUGGCGAUUCGGCGGAAUUUAUUUAUGGUGAUCACAGGGAUGUGGAUAAGGCGGAGAAUGCAGUUCUAGAUUCAGGAGAUGUGGUGAUAUUUGGUGGUGUAUCUAGGCUUAUUUUCCAUGGAGUUUCAUCAAUCAUACCAAACUCAGCACCAAAGAAAUUGCUUCAAGAUAUUAUGCUCUCUCCAGGGCGCCUCAAUCUUACAUUCAGACAGUAUUAACACCCUCAUAUUUGUUUAUAUAACUGUAUGUGACUUGUUCAUAAUCUCAACCUGCACUGAAAUAUAUCUGGUUUCGUCUAGUUUAUGAUAUGAA